ACGGUAUCGCUCUUGCCUUCCAAUUAAACUUACCUACAUUACAAUUUACAACAUCAGACAUGGAAUGACAUAGUUCAUUAACCUUAUCGAACCGGUGCUGUUUAUGAUUCUGUCGGUUUCACAUUGCUCCUUUUUUACCCUUCGGAAACGAAGUCGAGUCAAGGCCCCAAGAAUAUGAAAAGUCAAGAAGGAAAAGAAAAGGUUAAGCUUUAGAGCAGGUACAGAGGAUGCUGCCGUGCUGUUUCUAUUGACCUGAGUAAAAAUUACGAGUGGGGUAACGGAGAGUGAAGGAGAGGAAGACACAGAGAGAUGGGUUUCCUUAGCCAUAGAGUGGAGAGAAGUGAAAUCAAACCAGGAGAUCAUAUCUAUACUUAUAGAGCUGUUUUCACUUACUCCCAUCAUGGUGUCUUUGUUGGGGGAAGCAAGGUGGUCCAUUUUACACCCAGGCAGAAUGCAAAUUCAAGCUCUGAUACAUCUUCUGACUUCUAUGAUUCAAUGUCAAGCAUUCCAUCAUCUUGUGAAACCUUUCCUGACUGUGGAUUCAGACAACCUGAUAGUGGCGUAGUCCUCUCAUGCCUGGACUGCUUCCUCAAAAAAGGAUCCCUUUACAGCUUUGAGUAUGGGGUGCCCCCUACUGUUUUUAUUGCAAAAGUACGUGGAGGCACAUGCACCACUGCAGCAUCUGAUCCAGCAGAAACUGUUAUCCACAGAGCAAUGUAUCUUCUUCAAAAUGGAUUUGGCAAUUAUGAUGUAUUUCAUAACAAUUGCGAGGAUUUUGCAAUGUACUGCAAGACAGGUCUUUUGAUAAUGGACAGGCUGGGGGUUGGAAGAAGUGGUCAAGCUUCUUCGGUUAUUGGUGCUCCAUUGGCCGCAAUUCUUUCAUCCCCUUUAAAGUUGUUAAUGCCUAGUCCUGUUGGUGUGGCUACGGUAACAGCUGGAAUGUACUGCAUGAGCAGAUAUGCUACUGAUAUAGGUGUUCGGAGUGAUGUAAUCAAGGUGGCCGUGGAAGAUUUGGCUAUGAACCUGGGCUGGGCUGGCCCUCUGGAGGAAGUACCUGAAGACAAUGAGGCCUCUGGUGCACUGAUUGCCAGUUGAAGUGAAUUUCAUCUCAAUGCAUGUCAAGAUGCGUAUAUAUGUGAUUGGUAGUCUCCAUUAAUAAGAAUUCAUUGAUGUAAGUGCACUCACAUGAGAGAGUCUAUUGUUUUCUUCUUUCUUUGUAAGUUAGUUGCUGUUGGUUCUGUACUAAUAAAUUAAGCUGACCCUCCGGAGGCCUGGACUGGUCUGUUAUAAUUAUUUACUUGUGAAAUUCGAUCUUUGAACUUUAGUGGUUUGUCAAA